AUGCCGCUCACAAGGAAACAAGCCGGUGCAACAGAGGACAAACUCAUGGCAACAAAGCAAGUCACUGAUAAUGCUAUUUCCUGCCAUGGUUCCGAUAUUAGUUCCAAGUCUCAUGCCAGAAUUGCCCGUUUCAAGUUGCUCAAGGCCCAAAUUAGAGAAAGACUGGUAGAACAAGAAUUAGAGCUGGAAAUUCAGGAAAUAGUGGCCCGUAGGCGACGUGAGCUGUUGUUAGCAAAGAUUAAAACUGAGAUGGCCAAGAUAGACGUGGCCGUGGAGGAACAACAACGAAUCAAGGAGGAAGCAGAGCAGAACAAACGGUCGCAGAUCGACCGGUACAAAAGGCCCUGUGACCUGCCUAGGCUUGAAGUUACAGAGCCGCCCGAUAAAAACGAAGAGAUUCUCUUAUCCGAAACAAAGGCUCGAUCGGGAUCCGGAACUAAUGCCUAG